AGACACAGACCAGCCCGUCUCAGUACAGCUCAGCCCAGCUCAGCCACUUCAAGAGGCAGGGGAGGGGAGACACUAGCGCACACUGCCAGUGCUGCAACGCACACUCACACACACACACACACACACAUACAAAUACACAGACAACCACUCCUCCUCUCCCUCUCUCUCUCCCUCUGUCUCUCUCCCUCGCUCUCACUCUGGUGCUCGGCUCUGCACAGCUCCUCCACUCAUUCGCUGCUGAUUCACUCGCUCACACGCUUGCCUCUCUUCUGCCAGUCGCUCUGCCUUGCUGCACUCUGCCUGCCUGAGAAUGGUCCAGCCGGUGCCUGGGGGUCUGCUGUCGCGGCCUGUCUGAACACACGCAUAAACACACAGAGCCAGUCGACACGCGGAAGCAAACACACACACAAACUGGAGAGCUAUGUGAGAGAGGAAGUGUCUUCCCUGAUGUCUGCUGCAGCUUUGACCUGCUUCUACAGCUGAAGCACCACCCAGCUCCCUCCCCCCCGCCUCGCACGCUUGCUGCCACAGAAACACCAGUGCAAGGACGACAGCCACACCCUCCUCGCAGCCUAAGCGCCGACCCGCUCGUCCUCUCACCAUCAUCACCAUCCACUCCUCGCAGCAGGGCCCCAUCCUCAACUCUCCUUAAACAACGGCCCAGCUCGCCAACCGCUCUCCACCAGCUGACCAGCCUAAACACAGCAGCUCGACACCCCACCAGGCCCACGCAGCAUCUCACACACCUUGCCUUUAACCUUCGCCUUUGACCCUGUAAGCCUCCACUUGGUCCUCAGUGUCCUUAACCUUCCUGUAUCAGGCUACACCCAGAAUAUCACCUUUGUUGCCUGCAUCACUGCGCCAAUCCAGAGGGCUCUCGCUUUGGCCUGUCCGUCUGCUUGCCGCCUCGGCUUGUGAACGGUGUACAUGAGACUGCUCAGCCAGCAAAAAACAGUGAGAGAGGAAAGUCAAGCUGAGACUGGCAACUUACUUGUUAGACCAAGUCGUCUCCUGGAUAUAAUCACUUUGUCAGUGGUUGUCUAAUAAGGAAAUAAUCCAUUAACCUCCCCAGCAAAGCAUUGUGCUGUAACAUUUCACUUUGGACAAGGAGCUGUCUCAAUCAAUAGGAACUUUUUCUUUUUUGAAUGUGUCAUUUCAACUUGACACACAACUAUCACAGACUUUAACUGCACCCACAAGUCGACAAAAAAAAAAGACCUUAUAGGUUGUGGAUUAAAAACACUAGAGGUACUUUAUUCACGCUUUAACCGAUCUCCUCUCAGAAUACAGUUUGCCUGCGUGUUGCCAUGGCAAUGAACAUGGCACAUAUCCGUGACACAAAGUGGCUGACACUGGAAGUAUGUAGGGAGUUCCAGAGGGGCACGUGCUCCCGCUCUGACCAGGAGUGCAAGUUCGCUCAUCCCGCCAAGAGCUGUCAGGUGGACAACGGACGGGUCAUUGCUUGCUUCGACUCACUCAAGGGCCGUUGUUCCAGGGAGAACUGCAAGUAUCUGCACCCACCUCCCCAUCUAAAGACCCAGCUGGAGAUCAAUGGCAGGAACAACCUGAUCCAGCAGAAGAACAUGGCCAUGCUGGCACAGCAGAUGCAGCUCAAUGCCAUGAUGCCCGGCACACAGCUACCACCUAUGGUGAGAGGACACACAAGUAUGAACACAGCACAGCUACUGCACACGCCCAUGUUCUCGAUGGCGCCAGGCCUGGCCAGCAAUGCCAGUGCAGCAGCAGCAGUCGCAGCCGCGGCCUUUAAUCCCUACCUGAGCCCUGUGUCACCAAGCCUGAUGCAGCAAGAGAUCCUACCCAGCGCCCCUGUCCUCAUGGCCUCAAACCCCAACGUCGGCCAAGUUCCCAACGCUGCCGCCGCUGCUGCCCAGAAACUGCUGAGAACAGACAGACUUGAGGUGUGUCGGGAGUACCAGAGGGGCAACUGCUCCCGGGGCGAGGACGACUGUCGCUUCGCCCACCCCGCCGACAGCACCAUGAUCGACACCAACGACAACACCGUCACCGUGUGCAUGGACUACAUCAAGGGCCGCUGCUCCCGGGAAAAGUGCAAGUACUUUCACCCGCCAGCCCACCUGCAGGCCAAAAUCAAGGCGACGCAGCACCAGGUGAACCAGGCCACAGCCGCCGCAGCCAUGGUGAGCAGUCUGUACGAGCGCGGGCACGCACUCUUUCACACCCCCACAACAGCCAUGUACUCAACUCAGUCGGCUGUCAAAUCACUGAAGCGACCCCUCGACGCAACCUUUGACCUGGGCAUCGCCCCUAAUGUCAUGGCUCCCAUGCCUAAGCGGGCAGCUAUGGAGAAGGCCAACGGGGCCUCUGCCAUGUUUAACACUGGCAUGCUCCAGUACCAACAGGCGCUGGCCAACAUGCAGUUUCAGCAGCAGGCUGCUUUCCUCCCAUCAGGCUCAAUAUUGUGCAUGACACCUUCAGGCGGCGUUGUUCCCAUGAUGCACGGUGGUAAUCCAGCCACUGUGUCUGCAGGCAAUACAUCUGCCACGAGCGGUCCCUUCGCAACUGCCUCCGCCAAUCAGGACUCUUCCUUAUCAAAGUUGACUACCAACGAAUACAUGCAAUUGAUUCCAAUAAUAUCUGCAGAUCAUCUGAGUAGUCACAAGUACUUGACUCAAAUGUAGUUCCUCUCCAGAACAAUCAAAUGAAUGUGUGCUGGCACCGUCCAAGCCAAAAGAGUUCAGCCUUUAUGUACAUAACCUUCAGAAUGUCAAAGCAAUGGGAUGAGGAGGGUCUGCCAUCUCUUAGCCGGUCCACAAAGCUGGUCUCAUCACACACGUAAACAUCAAGGGUGCAACACACGAUCUGUGCCAUGUUCCCACAUAUCAAUGUCAUGAAGAAUUUGUUGUCAAAUUCAACGUCCAGCCGAGAGAAGAGGAUGUUCUUGGUGCAGGGGUCAGUGCGACUCCCCUCAGCGGGAAGCAUUCACAUUACACCUUUGUGACUGACUCAAUCGUAGCACUCAAUUUGUUCUUAUCGUUAACAUUACUGCACGCACAGAAGGUCAAGAGCGUGGUUGCAUGAACAUCCAGUGCUGGUACGUUAGUAGACCAAGAUUUAUCUUUACUUUUUUAUUUGUUCUGCUUUAUUUUUAUUUCUUUGUUUAAUCGAUAGCCAUAUUUCAUAGUUUACAAGUGAAACGCAAACAUGCACCUUGAAUUUCAAUUGAAAUCUGAAUGGCACAAUGAUUUUAACAGGAAUUGUUUUUCUCGCCAAAAGAAUUAGGCAUGUACAGUAUUGUGUUUUUACGGCUACUAGUGAAACUAGAUGUUGAAAUGAGGGUCUUGGACAUAUGAAUGUUCUGGGUUAACCAACAUACCUGUGUACCUUGAAAGCACAGCCAGGCUAGCUUUGUUCUCACCAUGUCAUGUGCCAUCAUGGCCAUACAGCUAAAACCAGAGUGUUAUCUCAGCAGUGUUAUAUGUUUACCGAAGGUAAAAGUUUUAUAUGGCUCUUUUUUUGUAUUGUUUUCAUUUUUUAACUUUAAUCUAAUUAAUCAGUUUUAGAAGUGGGGUUUUGCCAUUUUCUUGUUUUUGAAAUAAAAAAUUGAGGGGGUUUCUAAAGUUUAUCAUACCUCUUUUCUAGUACUAGUGUUAUUUUUUAUUUUUUCCAAUUUUAUUGGGAUUUAGCUGUUGCUCAAGUCCAUUGACUCUAAAGCCUGGUGAAGUGGAGGGUGUAGCUUCAGUUGACAUCGUGUUACCUUGUUCCUGCUCUUUAAAAGAGAGGCGACUCUGAAACUGUGUCUCCCAAGAAGCACUGUUGAGCCAUGUGUAGAUAGGAAUUUAAAACAACAGACCCAAAGGUCUAUCAGUCAUUUUAACCACAUGUGCACUUGAACAACUGUUUGUCGGAUCACCCUGUUUUCAUUUCUCACCCCAUUUUAAGCCCACUUUCAUUUUUUGAAGAAAUACAAAACAUCAUAUGACUCUGAAUUGUAUUUCAGGCAAAACAUGAAGGUCGUCAUUCACUUGUAGAUCUGACUAUGGAUACCAAAGCACAGUUUUUCUUCAUAAUCGUAAACACAAAGGUUUAUAGAAGCAUCUCUCAUGAGGCUCAAACAAUUAAGGAAACAUGUUUAUCAUCUGACAGUUUUUUAUGAUCACUUCCUGUUCUGUUUUCACAGAGGUGUGUAGUGUGUCUUUGCCGAUUGUAAUGUACCUAACAAAGCCUUAGAUUACAAUUAAUGGGUCCAGACCCAAUCAAAUGUACUUUCAAUCACCAUGCAGGUAAAGAACACCAAUGACGUUUUAAGGUUCUCUCACGUGCCGCUUAUGAUCUUUUUUUGUUUUUUUGGUUCCUUCUCUCUAUGUCAAAGUAACAAUUACUCUCUUAAAUUUCAUUGAACUUAUGUGUUAUGUACUACUUAAGGAUUUGAAUCUAUUUGAGGUAUGUAGUUGUAGAUUUUUUCGUGUUUUUUUUUUUGCCUUACUAUAUAUUACUUGACAACAUAGAUAUAGCCGUUGUAGAUUUUGAGGUAGUAUGACAUUCAUAACUUUUUCAAACCAUAUAAAUGAUAAUGUGUUGUGUCAGUUUUAAAUAUUCACUUCAUUCAUAUAGCUGGACGUCUUUUUCAGUUGAUGUUACAUUAUCACUUAAUUCUGUUGAUGAAAGACUUUUUUUGAUACAAGGAAUGAGAUCAGUUAAUUUGCUGCCACUGCAGCAUCAGAAAAACUAAUGUUUGAACCUUAAAUUUUCCUUGUAAAAUGUCAAGAUCACAUUUGAAAAUAUAUUGUAUUGAGAUAUAGAUUGUCCAUGUUUAAGAGUACAAAUUAUUUUCUACUGUAUCCAUUUCAAAAAAAUAUGUACUUUUGUUGGAAUAUUUCUUAAGUUUGCCCUGAAUGUCAGGCCAAAACGAGCAGUGAAAUUGACGGGUGUUUGGAUGUUGGGUUGAUAGUGAGAUUGGGAGCGAGAGAGAAACAGACUUUUCCGGACUGGAGGAGUCACGAAAUGCUGCAGACGAUGAGUUCUAACCUAAGGGACGAAGGUUGACUUUUUGCACUUCUGUAUAUAGUCAAAUGAACAGAGAAAAAAAUGUGUAUCAUAUUGAGAUAUUAUUUUGAAUAAAAAAAAUAUCUAUAAUUAUAAGGAAUUUUGUUAGAUUAAUUUAAAUUCUUAAAUUAGAAGACCAGCUAAAAAAAAAAAUGCUUGCAAAUAAGGGCACUAGUUUCUUGGCCACAUGCAUUCAGAGAAAGCUAUGCGCUUUUUGUCUUAUUUUAUCGGUGGCUAGAAUUGCCAGGGAAUGUUGUCGGGGAGUAGACAUCCCCAUGUCAUGCAGACUCCACCCCCCCAUUGGACAUGGACAUCCAACGAUGUCCAUGUAUCAUUUGUUGGACUUGGUCAUGCAGUAUUGCUGCUCCCAUGGUUUAGUUGAUACAUACAACUAUCAGAGAUUUGUAUUCUAUUAUAGUUUGAUUUGAAUGCAUGUAAAAGUACAAACAUUUAAACAAAAGCAACUGCGUAGUUACAGUAUGUAAGGAAAAAUAACCCAUUCAGGAUACACAGUAAUAUGUUUAUUUACAGUAGAUAACAUCCACAGUGAGGAUAAAUAAUACUACAAAAACAAGUCAUCUUACUCUUGUGUGAUGAAAUAUUUUUCCAAGUAAACAUGUUAUUUAAAGAUUGAUAAAAUAUUAGCACUCAUCCACCCCAGAUACUUUCUCAUAGCCAUAUAAUUACACCGACUCUGUGCACUCAGCAGGUGAAGGCUCACCACACCAAAUGUAUAUUUGGCCAAUUAGUUUUUCAGAUGAAUGUAAGAGUCACCAGUCAGCACAGAGCAUGUUUCUAAUGUUGGCUGCUGCGUCGGCACCAAAGAACCAAAGCACCGUUUUCUCCAAAUCCGAUGUUCGACCUCCUGGCUCGAACACAGGUUUUUCUCUUCCCUGCUGGGGGCACAUGUACGCUUUGACUCCUUUUUACUUGUAAGUGCAACCAUCAAUUAUGUAUUUGCUAACAACUGCAACACAAUAAUGUAAUAUUCUGUCUUCAGAUUUGUUUAUGCACAUUUUAUUGUUGCCAUAAUUGACUCUUGCUGUAUGGAUGAAAAAAAAAAAUCUGAAUAAAACAAUAUUUGAUUUGCUCAUGCAA